GAACGUAAAAAAUUGUUGCAAACGCGUAGCGCUGGGAAAAGCACAUCUUCGCGCCAUUUGGCCGAUUCGUCAAAAAGGAACUCCGCCAACUGAUCCCCCGAAGGGAGGAGGUACAAACGCACAAGGGAGGAACAAACGCACGAAGGAGCCACAAACGCACAAGGGAGCCACAAACGCACAAGGGAGCCACAAACGCACAAGGGAGCCACAAACGCACAAGGGAGCCACAAACGCACAAGGGAGCCACAAACGCACAAGGGAGCCACAAACGCACAAGGGAGCCACAAACGCACAAAGGAGGAACAACGCACCAUGGACUAUGAGCUGUACCUAGUCUCAAACAUCCUGGGCAUUUCCAUAGCCAUUUUGAUUUUCAUUUUCCACUAUUUUUAUGCGGAGGAGGGGAAGGAGUCGCCAUGAGCAGAGCGCCCCCAAGUCAGGUAAAAAUUUCGAAAAGACAUAAUGUGAAAGAUCGUCCAGUGUGCCCUUAAGCAGCAUUUUGAUAUGCCCCACUUUUCCACGCCAGAGUACCACACCAGAGUAGCACCCCAGAGUAGCACCCCAGAAGAAACAAAAUGAAAGACAGCGAAUUCGUUGGAGGAAAGCUAAAACUGAAGGAUUCGAGAAUUAAAAAAGGCAGCCACUCCAAAGGGUCCAAGUACGCAGGUGGACGAGAUGGCAAAAAAAAAAAAAAAAAAAAAAUCUGGGAAGACAAAACGGACAGGAGCAAUUACGAUGAAGAAAAUGCGACCAUGUACGAUGACCAAGGGGGGGGCCAGGGGAAGGACUAUGAAAUGAGUGCAGAUGGAAAAACAAGUGUGCGUGAAAGUGAAAGGGAGAGUGGGAAAGACAAAGACGGCACGGGAAAGCCAUCCGAUGAAACAAAAUUGAAGGAAGUGUUGCAACUGAACUUAACCGAGGCGGAAAAGGCCUAUCAGCUGGUAUUAAAGAAAAGGGAGAAGCAACGAAUUGAAAGCAUUUUGAAGGAGAGUUACCGCGAGCGACUGCAGAAGUUUAAUGACAACUUGGCUUCCCUCAGCGAGCACUUUGACAUUCCGAAGGUUGGGCCUGGCUAG